AACCUAUCAGAAGGACGUUGGAAUACAGUAUUAUCAGCAGUUUGUUUUUCUGUGUGUAAUUUCGACACUGAUAGUUCCUGUGUAGGGAUGUUAAAUGUGAUCGUAAACUUACACACACUCGCCCACAAAGUGUGCAUGCAGGUAUAAAAUAGGCGAACAAAAAACGGCACAAUUACGGUUUGAAGUCUAGUGAUCAUCUAAAUUAAAAUUCCCUGAUCUGAUAUCUUACCUGUGUCGGAGCACUGACGGGUGCUGUAUACACCUUUCUAAUAGACAGAUAAAAACAACCUCAAGGUUUGUAUAAAAGGGGAUGUUAUGCUGUGGAUGUUCUAGUAUUGUGUGGUGUUUUGUGAUGUUACCAAACUCCUCCCAAUUCCAUCUCUGAUGUGUGGAUUCCCACGUACGCAUAGUUUUGUUACAGUAUGUCCACGUUUGAAUGCAGAUUAUGUCACUGUGGAUAGGGAUAGUCAGAAAAAUUUAAAGGUAAAGUGAUUUCGAUUUUUACUACCAGUAUAUAGGUGGUGCUGGUAGUCGGAACACUGAAUUGGAUAUUACUAUGGUAUGUAUGGCCACAAAUAUUACCAUUCCUAGUCACAAGAGUAAACUUAAGUCCUCUGGUGAACGACUCCACCGCAGACACAGCAUUUCAUCUGGUUCAGCUAAAAAAUCAGGAAUAGAUUCAAAAACUUCUCAGGAACCUGAACUGCAUUCAGGCCAUGCUAAAACCUCCCCUGUCACCAAUUCUGUAAAAUCCUGUCAGAAAUUAUCGCCUCAGGAAUUGAAUGAACUUUGGUGAAGACAGGCAGCCUGUUGAUACUGUAUGGUUGCCUGACGGACAUGUUGAAUCUGGUGGUCACCGAUCUUUGGCCGACCGUAUCAAAGACAUAGUGUUGGAUAAAACUGACCAGGUCUAUAAUGACCCCUUGCAACAAAGAUUGAAAGUAGAACGUGAAAAUGGAGAGAGAUCGGGAGCCCGACACCGGCAUGGAUUACCUCCAAGACGUAAAGGAUACCCCAAAUUAGGGAGAUCCUCGCGGUCUAAAAGUGCUGGGAGUGAAUCGCAUGCCAGACUGGGUACGUUUUUUAACAAAUCAACAACCAACUUUACAGACGCGGAAAAACUUUAUCAUAAGUUACACGGACUAUCAAAAGUCGCUAAGCUGGGUAGUAUAUCACCAAAGUCUAGUGGAUUAUCAGUCACCCCAAAUCAAAUAGAUGACUCCUUGGAUACUAACACAAAGUCACGGAAUCCCUCGGAGAAUCUCCGACCUGACAUGGUGGUCAAUGUACAGGGCUCAGAGUCCAACAAGGAUGGCGGGGAGUCUGGGGCAGAUGCAGGUCCACACCAGUCACCCCACCUGGUGGUACGGCAAUGUAGGAUAGGAUCAUCAAUGGCAUUUGGUUUAGUCCAGGUCAACCAGAAUCCUAACGGGAAUGGUUACCCUGAAGGACAUGGUCUGGUUACCAUCCGGAUGAUCCCAGAUGAACAGGGGCGGUUCGGGUUCAAUGUCAAGGGAGGGGCAGACCAGGGCAUGCCCAUCAUUGUAUCUCGGGUCGCUCCCAGCACGCCAGCUGACCUGGCCAUACCUCGGCUCAACGAAGGUGACCAGGUUCUUGUGAUCAAUGGACGGGAUGUUUCACAACAUACGCACGAACAGGUGGUCAUGUUUAUUCGGGCAUCAAGAGAAACACAUUCAGGCGAACUAGUGUUAAUUGUGCGGCCCAAUGUUUACGUGAGUGAGGACACACCAGAAGAACACUAUUUUGAAUACCUACCUGAGUCUCAUGUGAUCACGACGACAGCUGGCGCCAACGCCCUGGAGGCGUCUUUAGUACUGCUGCAGGAAAGUCUGGAAGGAGGCGCUGCCCUGGCUCAGUUUGAGCAACUAUACAGGAAAAAGCCAGGGAUGACGAUGAAUGCAGCUAGGCUGGAGACAAACAUUCCCAAAAACAGAUACAGGGAUAUCUCACCUUACGAUCAAACCAGAGUGAUAUUAAAGUCGGGAGGUGAAUAUAUCAACGCCAAUUAUGUAAAUAUGGAGAUCCCUGGAUCAGGUAUUGUAAAUAGAUACAUUGCGGCGCAGGGCCCACUACCCAACACAUGUGUAGACUUCUGGCAAAUGGUCUGGGAGCAACACUCUUCACUUGUCGUCAUGCUCACCACAAAGAUUGAACGAGGAAGGGUGAAAUGUCACCAGUACUGGCCUGACCUGUAUGAGACGGUGGAUUAUGGAGAACUACAAAUCACCUGUGUUAAGGAAGAGGACACAACAUCAUUCGCUUUCCGCGAGUUUAACCUCACACAUUUAUCAACAAAUGAAGAGAGACAUAUAUCUCACAUGCAAUACAUAGCUUGGCCAGAUCACGGUGUUCCUGAUGAUCCUGGAGAUUUCCUAGAUUUUGUGGGAAAGGUGCGACAGAAACGUACUGGGAUGGUAGAACCGACGAUAGUCCACUGUAGUGCUGGGAUAGGACGGACAGGGGUUUUGAUCACCAUGGAGACAGCCAUGUGUCUGAUCGAGUCGAAUCAGCCCGUGUAUCCACUGUCUAUAGUGCGUCAGAUGAGAGACCAGCGUGCUAUGCUGAUACAAACACCUAGUCAGUACAAGUUUGUCUGUGAAGCCAUCUUAAAAACCAGCUAGUUAAACCUAUGGAAGACUACCAGCGGUGAAAGUGACUCACGUGGCGGGCCGACCCGCUCUAACUUACCAUAUCAUCAUCCCGCAUGUGGUGCCACGGUGGCUCUGUGUCACACAUACCCACAGACAAGGUGCCAUCCAUCAGUUCUCAUCUGUGUAUGUAUGUCCUUGUUGAAGGUCAAAGGCCUCUUGUGUGAAGGACAUCCAUCAUGCCACGGCAGUUGUUGCCAUGACCGUUCUCGUCAGUGCUUUGUACUGCUGAUGUCCUUUACAGACAGACGGUCCUUCUCUGAUUUUCAUUCCGUCUGGCAGUGGACAUUGUCGGUGUUUAUCAAAGUGUUUUUUCCCGUAACUGGGAAAUCUUUUAUUCUGCUGGAUCUGAAAAUACACACCGGAUGAGGUGCUUUGUGCACUCCUACCUAGCUCAACCAAAGAGAAAAUGGAAGCCGUGAUCUUCGUUAAGUUCACCAACUAUCGAUAGGACGUGUGCUCACAUUAUUGGUGGGAGUGAAAUUUCACCUGUAUCAAAGUGUGUUUAAGAAAGAUUCAACCGUUAUAAUGCACAGAGAAUUAAUGUGUUUAGAGUGGAGUUGGUUCCCUGUGUUGUGGAUUCAGCUGACAACUUUUAAAUCCAAUCACAAAACAUGGACGGGAACAUGACUUGUUCAAGUUUUAAAUCAAACUCGUCAUCAAACGAGAUACAUGGAGAAUACUUACUGUGUAAGAAACAUCUCUCAUGGUGCAUGGAACGUGAUUAUUUAUGUAUGAGAAAUGGAUAUUUAAUAUUUUAUUGGAGGGGGAGAUAACCCAUUGGUUAUAUAUCAAUUUACAUGUGUGUUAUAAGAAUAAUGCAUGUAAAGGGAAGUAACUCUACACAGCAUUUUGAUUGAGCAGCCUGCCGUUACGCUGACCUCUGUGUGGGUUCCUGAAUCUGAAUUUUAAUUGAGGUUACAAAGAACUUGUAUCUUAAAGCAAUGAAAAUGCUGAAGUUGGUAGUGUUUAUGUUGCCAUGGUAACUUGAAAAUCUAUUUUAACCAUUGUCAUGCUACAAAAUAUUUGAAGUUAUAUUUAUGAAUGUAUUUGUUUUCAAUUUUACUAAAAGUAUGCAUGUGUGAACGAUAUUGUUUAAUAUUUGAAAGAAAUAACAAAAUCAGUGCUUCGUACUGGAUGAUACUCAGAAAUUUUAUUGCUAGUCUGCAAGUUAACAAUUUUAGGUUUUCUUUCAUUUCCCACUUCUAACUAAAACAUUUCAUUAUUUUUUUUUUACUUUGAUUACUUGAAAACAUUUAACUAAAAACUAUAUUUUAGCUUCUAAAACUUUUGAAAUGUGUUUUCCCUGAAAACAAAUGAUUCACUUAAAUGUAUAUGUGUAAUUUUACAGUUAGUGGCAUAUUGACCAAAUUAGCAUAUUUAAGAUCCUACUGAAGAAUUGAAGUGAAAUUCAUUCUCAAUUCCAAAUGGAAUUUGCUGAAGAACUAAAAUAAAAUUCAUUUUCAAUUCUAUAGAUCAUAAAUAAUUAAUAUAAGGAUUAUUCAGUGGUAUGGCUGUAUAGGAUGUGUCAUCGUUAUUUUUCUCUCUCGUUAUUUAAGAAGAAAUAUAUUUCACAGAUCCCUGUGGUUAUGGUAACAGCGACUCAUCAUACAUUUUAUAUACUGUAAGUUAUUUUGGAGAUGUUCUGUGAAAAGAGUUGCACAAGAUAACAAGUUGGUAUUCCAAUUGUUGUGCAACUUUCGUAUGCUUCUAAUGUAGAGUGCGAGUUUACUAGUGUGAAAGAGAGUGCAGCUUUACACCAAUAUAUAAUUCAUAAUUCUGAUAACAUUCUAUCUCGAGUGUGUGCGAUAUGCCAGAUGCCUGUAACAUUAUUUCUGUGAGUGAAUGAAAAAAAAUCAUGAUUCUUUACGCCUAAAAUCAUCUACAACUGUUUCUUGGAUGUUAUUUAGAUUCAUUUCCGCAUAUUUAUGAAAAGUGUCUUCAUUUUAAAGGGAACAUUCUUUUGUCAUUAAAUGGUAAAUAGAUCCCAUCUUCCAGUUAAAUUCUCUUAUUUACUUGUUUGUUUUUGAAAAGAAAGUAACACAAACAAGAAAUGUUAUGAAAAUCAUUUCUGCCCAAAACAAAUGUAAAGGAGAUCUAGAGGGUUUUCAAAAUUUGUUACCCACUUUCUGACGUUUUUGCCCGUUAACUGGACAGCCCAUAGUCCAUAUUAGAGUGUAACAUUUCAGACAUGCUGACGGACCUCCAGAUAUUAACAUAGGCCUUGGAAAUCUUAUAGAGGUGAACAACAUAACUAGGCCCAUCUUUAUUUCAUAUACAAACAAUUCUGUCCCAACUAUUUGGACCACGAUAAAAGAAAAUUGGCCAACCUCUAUCAAAGAUCUGUACACUUUUCGAAGAGUGUUGUUUACAGAGUAUAUGUGAGAGCGAUGAAUGUAUAUAUAGUCUGUUGUAGGUGUACAUAGUGUAUGAGAGGAAUACAAAACCAUAGUAAAUUAAUAUUGAUCGUACGAAAUAUGACUUGUUCAUGUUACCGUACACACAUACCAGGCAAUAUCAAACAAUUAAAAUCUUUCCCAAGUAA